AUGAAGGUGCGGGGGGUGGGGGUCUGCUCGCUGGAAGGACCCACGCACGCGAACGAGGAUCGAUUCGUACAAUUUUGUGGCAACGAGGCCUGGGCGUUGACUUCGUCGCCCUCGCCUCUGUCUUCUUCAUCUUCAUCUUCAUCUUCGGCGUCGGCGAGUCCCGGCUUUUUUGCCGUCUAUGACGGCCAUGCCGGCGACCUGGCGGUGACACACGUCGCCAAGGCCCUCCACGCGCACAUCUUCAGUCCGCCCAAUCACUCCCUCUUCUUCCCUUCCGACGGCGACGCAGAGCCAGGCCCGACACUGAUGGAGGAGGCGAUACUGCACGGCUUCGCGAAGACAGAGGAGGAGGUGCUGGCGAUCAACGAGCGGAGGGACGACAUCAGCGGCGCCUGUGCGGUGGCGGUGGUGCACCAGGGCGACCGCCUCUACGUGGCGAACCUGGGGGACUCGCGCGCCCUGAUCGGCCGCAAGAAGGUCAAGGGCAGCAUCAUCGGCCGACUCACCCUCGCCAAGGCCAGCCGCGUCGAAGAGAUCGAGACACGCGAGAGGAAGAAGCGCGUCAACCUCCGAGUACAGCACAGCAGUUCGUUCCUGAAGACGCUCACCCAGGACAAGAUCCGCUGCACGGCCGUACCGCUCACGCGCGAUCUCAAGGCCGUCGCGUCCUACGAGAGGCAGCGCAUCAUCGCCGCUGGCGGGUGGAUUCGUCGCGGGCGCGUGUUCGGGGUGUUGGCUCCGUCGCGUUCGUUCGGCGACCCUCUGGAGAAGGGGAGGAUGCGAGGGCGCAAGAUGCGACGAGGCACGGUCAAGGGCGGCGAAGGGCGGAAGGUCGAGGAGGAGGAGCGCAAGGCCGCCGAGGAGGCCGAGCGGAAAGCAGCAGAGCAGCAGGCACAGGAGGGAGGAGACGUAGGGGCGAGAAAAGAAGAAGGAGAAGGAGGAGGAGGUGAAGAGGAAGCGACGAGUAACGAGAAGGGGAAGAGGAAGAAAGAGAGCAAUGGAAGCGACGAGGGCGAAGACGAGAAGCCCGACGACAAUGACAACGACAACAACGACGAUGAGAGCGACGAGACCGCAUCGCCUGCCAUGCCCCCUCGAGCUGUCAGCGAAGACUCAACCUCACCACAGAGCGAGGAGAAGAAGGAGAAAGAGAAGGACGAAAAAGAGGAGGAGGAGAAGGAGGAGAAGGUGGAGGGCGACAAGAAGGAUGAGAGAGACGCCGGACACAGCAACGGCACGACGUCGAACGGCAACGGCAGCAGCGUUGGUAGAGUUGUGCCCAAUGCAACGGUGAGCAAGGAAAAGACGACGGAGAGCGGAACGACGACGCCAACGACGAAGAGGGCGAAGAACAACAGCAAAGGGAAGAACAAGAAGAAGAGCGAGAGCGAGAUGAAGAAGCUGAAGGGCGUCAGGGAGGGCGUGGUGAUCGCCGUGCCCGAGAUGACCGUCCACACGCUCGAGCCGGAAGACGACUUCCUCGUCUUGGCCACCGACGGCCUGUGGGACGUGAUGGACAACAAGAUGGUGGUCGACCACGUGAGCCCCGAAGUACUCAAGUGGCGUCGGCUCAAGGAGGAGGAGGAGCGGGAGAAGGCGCAGGCGGGCGGCCAGAGCGAGGGCCAGCGCGAGCUCAACGAGCUGCGGCAGUCGGCGGCCGACUUCCUCGACAACAUCUGCCGCGGGCUCUGCAAGCGGGCCAAGCGACGCGGAAGCAGGGACGACAUCACCGUCGUCAUCGUCAUCUUCGAUCCACUCACGACGGAGCGAAGUGAGUGA